AUGUCUCCCCCCUAUGAUAGCACCACUGCUGUGGAAUUAGCCAGCGCCAAAAUCUUCAUACCUGACACAGUCACCUCAACAUGGCCAUGGCCCCGUCGUCUCAAUCAGUACUACUCCAAAGUCACAGUCGAAUCUGCUGCUUGGUUUGCGAGCUUUAAAGCCUUUAAUAGUGCUAGAGCACUAGAUGCCUUUGAACGCAUCGAUUCCGAUCUUGUUAGUUGUUUAGGCUACCCAAUCGCGAGCAAAGCGCAUGUUCGCAGCGCUUGCGACGUAAUGAGAAUUUUCUUUGUCAUAGAUGAAUACUCAGAUGUAUCAAAGCCAAGUGAUGUCCGCGAACAGAAGAACGUUGCCAUGGAUGCUUUGCAUAACCCCCAUAAACCACGUCCCAAAGGAGAAUGGGUCGGUGGAGAAAUUGUGCGCCAAUUCUGGGAGCGCACAAUACAGGAUGCUAGCGCGCAGUCACAGAAGCGGUUCAUCGCAACAUUCGAGUUGUAUCUAGAGAGCAUGGUGCAGCAGGCAAAUGACCGAAACGAACAUUGUAUCCGUGACAUUGAAAGUUACAUUGAUGUGCGCCGCGACACGGUCGCAAUGAAGGCUGUGUUCGCAUUGUUGGAGUUGGGCCUGGAUAUCCCAGAUGAAGUCAUAUCCCACCCAACAAUUGAGGCCAUGGCUAUCGCAUCCAUGGACAUGGUCUUUAUUGAUAAUGACAUUGCAUCCUACAAUAUGGAGCAAGCACGUGGAGAUGCUAGUCACAACAUGAUAACGAUUGUCAUGCGCGACCUUGAUACGGACGUCAACGGCGCCAUGUUAUGGGUGGCAGAUCUCCAUAUGAAAACCCAGAAAAAGUUCUUGGAGGCGAUGGCAACCGUUCCAAAAUGGGGAGAGCCCAUUGACCCGCAGGUGAGAGAGUACUGCGACGGCUUGGGAAACUGGGUGCGCGCGAACUAUGAGUGGAACUUCGAGACCGAGAGGUACUUGGGCACAAAGGGUCCAGAAAUUCAGAAUAAGAAAUGGAUGCCACUAAUGCCGAAGGACUGCCUGAAGGAUUCUAGAGAGAUUGGACCUGUACAUGUUGAUUGCUCUCUGCUUUAG